AUGGAAGAGCAGGGCGCAUUGGCACGCCAAGCGGCCUCGCUGGCCAUAGCGCUGUUGGAUGAUGAGAAUAGCCAGGCUGAGGGCACCAUGGAGGGCGCCGUCGGUGGUGCUGUUUAUGGCAAUAUAAUAGCAGCAGCCGCAGCACCGCCAACGCCUGCACAGCCCGUUAAUCAUCCUCACUAUGAAAACAUUUAUGCGCCAAUUGGACAGCCCAACAACAACAACAACAAUAAUAAUAAUAACCAACAAGUUGUUGUGGCCAAUGCCAAUGCCAAUGCCCCUGCAAAUGUUGAGGAACAGCAGCAGCAGCAAGCGCGCAUGCUGCCCAUGAAUAAUUAUCGCAAUGAUUUAUAUGAUCGCUCCGCAUCCACAGCGGCUGCCUACGAUGUACCAAGAGCGGUGCGCUCCGGUUUGGGCUAUCGUCGAAAUUUUCGCAUUGAUAUGCAAAACGGCAAUCGCUAUGGCAGCGGCCUGCGCUGUGCUCCGCUCUAUGCCAGCAAUAGAUCCAAUUGUCAGCGACAGCGCAGCUUUGAUGACACCGAAUCGACAGAUGGCUAUAAUCUGCCCUAUGCGGCGGCGGGCACCAUGCGCUAUGAGAACAUCUACGAGCAGAUACGCGAUGAGCCGUUGUAUCGCACCACAGCUGCAGCGGCAACAAGUCGCGUGCCGCUCUAUACGCGCCUGGAUGUGCUGGGCCAUGGCAUCGGACGCAUCGAACGGCAUCUAAGCUCCUCCUGCGGCAACAUAGAUCAUUACAAUCUGGGCGGACACUAUGCGGUGCUGGGACAUUCGCAUUUCGGCACCGUGGGUCACAUACGUCUGAAUGCGAAUGGUGCUGCAGCAGCCAGCAAUAAUGCUAGCACCUGCACUGUGCCCAACUGCCAGGGAUAUCUGGCUGGCGCCGCCGCAACGGCGGGCAUGGACUAUGGCCAUGUCAAGGUGCCCGUCAAGAAUAGCGCCUCUUCCUUCUUCAGUUGCCUGCAUGGCGAGAACUCGCAGAGCAUGACAAACAUAUAUAAAACCACGGCUGCUGCAGUUGCUGCGGCACACCACUGUUCACCACUGACGCCCAAUGUCUCCAUGGAGCCGGCCAAGGAGUCCAGCACAGCAGCAACUGCUGCCAGUUCGAGUGGAACCGAGAAGUCAGCAACUGGAGCAGCGCCCAAGAGCGCUGCGCUGGCCAAGAAAACAACAACGGCAACAACAGCUGCAACGCGCUCGAACUCCUCCUCCUCGGAUGCCGGCAAUGGCACCUUGAAUCGCAUCUCCAAGUCCAGUUUGCAGUGGCUGCUGGUCAACAAGUGGCUGCCGCUGUGGAUUGGCCAGGGACCCGAGUGCAAGGUUAUUGACUUCAACUUUAUGUUCUCGCGCGACUGCGUCAAUUGUGACACCGCCUCGGUAGCCUCACAAAUGUCCAAUCCGUAUGGCACGCCACGCUUGGGCCUCGGCACACUGCCGCAGGACAUGAUGCGCUACCAGGGCAGCACUGCCAGCAUGCGACGGGAUGCCAAUGGAGCUGCUGCUCGACCGCUGCACAGCAAUUUGAGCCGCUUGCGUUGCGGCGCCGACAAGCGUCAGAACCUGACGGCAGGCAACAGCUGCAGCAGCAGCAGCUAUCGCCAUGAGGAUCCCUCCUAUGAGAACGUGCACGUACAGUGGCAGAAUGGCUUUGAGUUUGGACGCUCGCGCGAGUAUGAUGCCAGCUAUAAUCAACAGCAGAGGCCGCUGCUACAACGCGCACGCUCUGAGAGUCCCACGUUCAGCAAUCAGCAGCGACGCAUGCAGAGCGCCGCGGCACAAGUGCAGGCACAAAACUGCCAACAAUCCGCCAAGCUGGCCGAUCCUUUUAAGAACUACGAACUGAAUGUGGACAACAAUAGUUUUAAGCCCAAGCAGCCGGCGGCAAUGGAGCUGUGCGAUGAGCUGGAGGGCGCUGUCGGUGGUGCAGCUGCCGAAUCGGAUGCAGAGCAAACCCGAUAUGUUGUCUCUUAA